CCAUAACUCUUAAGAAAUCCAUGGCCACUUCCAUCCUUAUUCCUUCCUCCUUCCAAAAUUCUAGUUCCAUUUCCAUCCUUCCUCCUUCAUCCAUCUCCAGUUCUCCACAGCUUGUUGCUCUCGAUCACAGCUCUUUGCCUUCGAUCCCAGCUCGUCGCCUUCGGGCCACACCACGCCUCUCACCAUCUCUAAUCAUCCAUCUUCACACCUCUCGCCAUCGGUCCCAGCUCUCUACUCUGCAUUCCUUGCUGAAGCGUGCUCCACCAACUAUCGACGACCAGCAGGCAGCGGCCUCCAAAAUCAGAAAGAUGGAGGGGAGCAGCAGUUGGGGUUUUUAGAAGCGAGUACAUACCAACUUCAAGGGGAGAUGAUAAUUUGCCUCCUCUUCCUAGUAGGAAGCAAGCACAAGCUUCAAGGGCACCUGUUAAGAGUAGUAACAAUGGUCUUACUACUAUUAUUUGCUGUUGGCGAUGAAACAGGCACCUCAAGAACAAGAACUAGUAUCAACUAGCAACACCACAACAACUCAAGCCUCAACUUUGAAGUUUUGAAUUAGACUUUGGUUUUGUAAUAGGUAGUUUGUUGUAAUUUGGUAUUGGAAAAUGUUUGGCUUGUUUUUUCUAAAAAUUAUGUAGAAACAGGUUGUCUGCAUUCCAACAAAAGGGGUAUAUGCAGUAAAAUUUUCUAGGCAGGGCCAGUAUGGGUUAGAACCGGAUAGACCGGAUCGGGAUAGACCAGACUGGACCCAAUCCAUUUUUGGGUUGGCGUAUUUAUGAAAAAAUCGGAUUGGGACCGGACCGUGUUCUACCCAUACUUACAAUGUCAUGGUGGCCAUUGUAUAUUUUCAUGCCAUGAAAUAUUAGAAAGAAACAAACAAAAAAGUCUUUGUGACAACAAAACUAGACAUUGCAA